AUGGCGCUGCUGAGGAAGGCAGCGGCCAGAGAGGUACUGUUCGAAAGACGGCUUAUACUGGGAGUUACCAUCAGUGCCUUCAUCGCCUUCAUCAUCUGGCUUGUGGCUCUCAGCACAGAUUAUUGGUUCGUUCUUGAUGUGCCAGGAGGCGGCCUGUCUUCAAACGACACCGUCGCCAAUGGCGUCUUCCUCCGCAGUCGUUCUGGAAUCUGGAGACUCUGCACUACCCGACUUUGGCUUCGAAACAAUACCAUCACUGUCAUUGGUGGAGCCAUCUUCAUCUCCAUCUCAGAAUCAUUAUACUCUUCAUAUCAUGACUUCUUCCCACCAAAGGCUGAAAUUCCCAAGAAUCCUGAUAUUGAUGAGAACAUUCUUGAUUACUCAAGAACUGAGGCAACCUUCUCGGUGAUUGCUGUUUUCAUCAUGGUAUUGGCUCUGGGUUUUUCUGUCUAUACAUUCAAGCAGACCCGAUACAUGUACAAGCGCCUGGCUGGCUCUCUCCACUGCCUUGCAGCUUGCUCCCUGUUGGUAGUCCUGGAGGUGGUGAAGCAUUCGAUGAUAUAUGAAGAGAAGAAUUUCCCAAAUGUUCAUCCACCUGGAUGUUAUUCAUACUAUGGGUACUCCUACCUCUUGGCAUGGGUCACAUUCAUCUUUUACCUUUUGGCUGGCCUCACUUUCUUCUACUGCUCACGGAAGAGAAAGCGUGAGAAGGCCCCAGAUGAAGAUUGGGCUAUUGAAGAUGAGCCUCACAUAAUUGGCCGAUAA